AUGAGCAAAGAACAAGCCCACGAGCUCCAAGAGCAGCACCAACAGCCCCAGCUGGCUUCAAAUCAGCCUCAGUUCCAGCAGCCGCAGCCCGACCAGCAGCAGCAAACUGUCCCGACCGAGCCCCAGCCCUCACACAACCACAUCCCCAACCCCGAGACCGCAACCGAACACCAACCCCCUAGCUAUGAGCAAGCUCGAGGCGCUCCGGUCGGCCAGCCGCCCGCAGACAUGGCCCCGGGACAGGCGGCUAGGACGGUGACGCCCUUGAACCAGCUCGGCGACACGCCGCAAUACAUCGACUGCCCGUUCUGCCACCAGCGCACCAAGACUGUCGUGCGCAAGGAAGGCGGCAGCAUGCAGUUUGUUGUUGGUGCUGUUCUCUGCCUCGUCUGCAUCUGCCUGACCUGUCUACCCUGUAUGCUCCACUGGUUCGAGGAUACGGACUGGUUCUGCUCCAAAUGCAAUACCAAGGUUGCGACGCGCAAGAAUGAGGGUGCUAUUGAGGUCUUGGGCCCUCCUCAGCUCGUGUACUCUCAGUAUGGCCACGGAGCGCCGAUGAACGGUCCCCAGCAGCAGCAGCAGCAUCAGCAGCCACAGCCAGCCCCUGGCCAACAAGCACAGCAACCCAUACCGCAACACCAAGAUAGCCUGCAACAGCAGCAGGAGAUCCAACCUCAACCCCCCCACACAACGGCAACGGCACAGCAUCCAGUGGACGUCAAGAACUAA